AUGAGCGUGCUGUUGGGCUUCGCGAACGAGAUCCGAGCAUUCAUGGAAUCAUCAGGUCAGUGCAAUUUGUCCAAAGCAACGUGGUGGUUGCAUCACUCGGUAAAAAGGACUAAAACUACUGGAUGUGCAUCUUGGUCGACGGAUGCCCAGUUUCUUGUUCUAAUUGAGCAUUUUCAUGCUCAAUUAAAGAGAAGACGCGGAUGCAGAGAUGUUUACAAGAAUCGAACAAAAGGGCAACUGCGUCUGGGUCAAGUGUGUGUGCUGCUUCGAGACCUACUACUCGUGGCGUCAGGGCUGCGGCCGUCGUGUUUGGUGGAUUGCUGUGCAUUGAAGAAAGGAGUGGCUAAGCUUUUACUGGACUACCUAGAUGAGAAUGAAGCGAGCCAACAAUGGUUUGAUUAA